GAUGGAGGCGUCUGCAAAUGUAACAUUAAUAUCCUGAAGGAGAGAAAGCCUCUCCUUCAAAAAUACAUUGAUGACAACGCUAGUUUGGAAAUCCAAGCUCUUUACGCAGUGCAGGCACUUUUUGUUCAGUUUGAUCAUCCUCCAAGUAAGAAUGAUUAAUGAGCUAAAAUUUCCUUACUUCUACACAUAGAAUGCUUAUUGAAACAGUUAGAAGUUGUUUAAAGGAAGUUUCACAGUUCGGUUCACGUGCGAGAUGUGCAUUUGCCCAUUGUCUUUCGACUACUUUUUUUAAACCAGUUGGAAGUGAGUGACAGUACGUCUAAGGUAUUCAGGCUCGUUAUAAAGUUGCAGAUCGAUCCCCAUUUAUCUCUGCUGUUCCCCCGAGACAUAAUGUAUAUGAUGAGAAUGGUAAGAUUUCAUCCCUGUCGUGCUAAAAAACAAACAAUUUGCACAACGGCAACUAUUUUUAUAUAGCGUCACAAGUAUAUGGCAAACAAGCUGUAAACCUCAGAGCUCUCUAGUCGGGACCAAAACCAAAUUUAACAGCUUUAGUCAUCACUGUUUAAUGACGUCAUAGAUUCGCAAAUAAACAUUUGUUGAUAAAGUAGGACUGAUAAAGCCAUCUUGGUAUCGGAACCUGCAGUUAGCAAUGACGUCAGUACAAAAAAUAUAACAUUUCCUUCCAACUUUUAAACAGACAGUUUUUAAGUAUUCAAAACACACCAUUGAAAGAGUGGCUACUGUGGAAACGUCAUUUAUCAUAGAAAAACGGUUAAGAUUGGAAAUUGGCUACGUAGUCUCUUGAACAUUGUAAGCUUCAGUUUUUUGUAACAAUCGUAAAAACGUUAUAACUUCGGCGGAGCGCGAAGUAAAGCUUUCGCGACGCUCAGGAAUGUCCCAAAGUUGCCUUUUUUGGGGACGAGAUUGGGCAUGCAAAGUUUGUAAGUAUUCGGCUUUAUUCGGCUAUUUGACGAAGUGAGCACUUCGUCAAAUAGCUUUCGCGACGCUCAGGAAUGUCCCAAAGUUGCCUUUUUUGGGGACGAGAUUGGGCAUGCAAAGUUUGUAAGUAUUCGGCUUUAUUCGGCUAUUUGACGAAGUGAGCGCCGAAUUAGUUGGAGAUAUCUCGAGAUCAGUUCGAUUUCUUUGUUAUUGGAGGAAGAAAGAAUUAUUUUUUUGGCUUGCCCGAGGUUUGAACCGACUCACUUGUGUGACCCAUCAGAUCAGAUGAGACCCUACUUUGCGGGAUUAGCCGAUUGCACCACCGCUACCAAAGUUAACUUGAGGUGUGAGAAAUAGCUAUAAGUUAUGUACGAUGUACGGGGUAAGCUGGUGACUUUUCGGCUUGUUGUUAUUUAGUAUUCUGGCGAGAAAUAUUGACUUCAAAAGUAUUUUACACAAAAAACAUUGAAUUAAUUUGGGCUAGUAGCUUUAAACUAUGAGCGAAAAUCGAGAUACAAGAACAAUUUUCAGUGCGUCUCACUGCGAAGACGAGUUUACUUUAAUAUGUUGAGCCAUAUGUUUCUCCAAAGUGCGUUUCAGUUUGGCUUUUUAUCGUGGAAACCUUGUCUUUUCCCCCUGGAAUCUAGCUUGGAAUUACCUUGAUACACCGUGGAAAACCCCAAUUUUUUAUUUUGCCGGUUAAAUUCCCCGCCAAUAGAUCAAAGUUUUACUGGCAGUUCUGUACUACGGCCCGAAGUAAACUUAUAAUAAUUUUCACGCGAACUAGUCUCCUUCGCAGCCAUUUUUAUCCUAAAAACGGCUGCGAUGGACACUAACUGUACUUCCGUGUUUAUUGUUUUGUUUUGUUUUGUUUUGUUUUUUGUUUUGUUUUUUCUAAAUCCAGCGGCCGAAAUAAUGCUAAGUAUGAUUUUCAAUAAACUUUUAAAAAUAACACCACACAAUAUGCAAAAAAAGAAGAAGAAGAAGAAAGGAAAGAGCAAAGUAGGGACCUUUACGACGAUAUUUGCGGUGGGUUACCGAUCCAGUUCCUAACCCCGCCCGACAGGGCUUAACUUUAGUGGCGCUACUAAAAAACCGAGUUUCGCUAGGGUUAUUGCGAGAUACGUAUUUCUAAUUCAUGUUGCAAUGUUGUACAUGAAUUAUCCUCGGUGUGGAGAUUGUGAAAUUUCAGCAACUUUUGUAAGGGAUUGUAGUGAUGUUAGUUUAUAGUUACGUUGCUGGAUAAGGUGUGGAGUUGAAAGUGUUGUUGUAGAGAAAAUAAAAGAAGAGGAAAUAAGAUCUCGCCAUGCGCAAUUAUUUAUGACAGAAAUUAUAAUCGAAUUGGGUCACAGUCAUGCACCUAGCAGACUUCCGGUGAAGAGGUUUGUUACACAGAAGGAGAAAAGUAAGGGUAUUUGUAUGGAAGGGUAUCUGGAAAAAUAUCAUCUCUUACUAUUCCUCCGCAUUCACAAUUAUCCACAACCACGACGCCGAAGUGUUUGCUCCUAUAGCGUCUUGUUCUGUUAAAAUUCACCCUAAUAUGUCUCUCCUUUUCUGUAUGCAGGUUUUGUCAAAUCCUAUUUUGAGAGUUUAUAUGAUGAAGAGAUUAUAGCAGAAGAUUCUUUCAAAGCCUGGGAAAACAGCUCCGACGAAGAACCCGGCAAAAGUGUGACUGUUACUGCCGCUUCCCAGUUUUUUCGCUGGCUCAAGAUUGCCCCAGAGGAGACU